CAUAUGUGCUAUGCAUUACCUCUUGAUUAUAAGAAUGCUGCGCUCAAUUUGGGAUUCUCUGGUGGUCUGAUGCUGCCAUGGAGUAAAUCAUGCGUAAAUAGGCCAUUGUUUCCACCGCGAGCCAACAAAAUUUUCUUAAGUGAGAACUCUUCUGUAUUUGGCUUCAUGGGAGGCUUAGAUUCAUUGUGGAGCCUUAGAUACAGAGGAGUACAUGGUCCUAACAUUGGAAUGCAAACUCGCGAUGAUUCAAGUUCUUCCUUGAUGAAUAUUGCUCUUGAUGGAGAUCUUGCAUUCUCUGCCUUUGCAGACCUUUCUUUUGAUCUCCCUGUGAAGGUCUUAAGGGAUAAAGGGAUAUAUGGUCAUGUAUUUGCUUCUGCUGGCAGCGUUCUUAAACUGAAGGAGAUUAAGCCAAACAACUUUUCUCUGAGGAACUUAAUGGAGUCAUUUCGGACUUCUGUCAAAUGUGGGAUCGUUCUUCCUAUCAAAAACCGAUACAAUAUGGAGGUCAACAUUUGCCACAUUAUGGAAAGAUCCUUCAAUCAGAUUGAGUCGAAGUUUGGUCUGCAGCUUUGCUUCUCAAUUCUGAGGCCUCAAAUGGUUACCCUCACAGCUAAGAAAAAAUGAUUCUCUAUACGACACUAGCUUGUCCUAAGAUCGCUGUUGGAGUAGUUGAUUUUGUCUACUUAUACUAAUGUUGCUUGACAGUUUACAUAGAACUUGGAGGCUGUUAUGAAUUUACGCGUAUGUUUGUCAUUUAACUCUAAUGCUAGUGCUUGGCAAUACU